UCCUCGGCCAAAGUGGGAUUGCAAGUGACGUAGGGGCCAAAGCGUUAUCUGGCAUCGUUUGGGGGCCGCUAAUCUGCAUGUGCAAAAAUAAAUCCAAUCUGACAGCGCCUUUGCAUCUUGAAACGGGAUUGUUAAUAUAGAGGAAGAGAGUGCUAAGCUUUGACAGGGAGAGAGAGAGAGAGCGAGCGAGCGAGGGGGAGAGAGAGAGAGAGGGUGUGUGCGAGGCGAGAGAGAGAGAGAGAGAGAGAGAGAGAGAGAGAGAGAGAGAGAGAGAGGGAGAGAGAGAGAGCACCAAGUCACCAGGAUAUAGCAUCCAGAUAGGUACAAGUGCCACAAGGAGACUAUUUACCAAAAAAAAUGGAUGGGACAAAGCCGGCCAUGGAGUCCAACGCGGAGGAGACUCAAGACGAGGGACAAGAGAGCAAAGGAUGCUUUGAGUGCUGCAUCAAGUGUCUGGGUGGGGUGCCCUAUGCCUCCCUGGUGGCCACCAUCCUCUGCUUCUCGGGCGUGGCUCUAUUCUGCGGGUGCGGCCACGUAGCGCUGACCGGCACCCUGACCAUGCUGGAGAACCACUUCUCCAGGAUCACCAGCGACCACGCCACCCUCACCUUGGUGAUUCAAAUCCUUCAGUACAUCAUCUACGGCAUCGCCUCCUUCUUCUUUGUCUACGCCAUCGUUCUGCUGGCCGAGGGCUUCUACACCACCAGCGCCAUCAAGAAGGAGCUGCAGAGCGACUUCAAGACCACCGUCUGCGGACGCUGCAUCACCGCCUUCUUCAUGUUCCUGACCUACAUCCUGGCCUUGGCCUUCCUCGGCAUCUUCGGCUUCACGGCGAUCCCCGUGUUCCUCUUCUUCAACAUGUGGAACACCUGCGCUGCCAUGAGGUCUCCCACGGCCAACAUCACCUCGCCCGAGUCCAUCUGUGUGGACGUCAGGCAGUACGGUAUUAUUCCCUGGAACGCCACACCGGGGAAAGCUUGUGGAUCCACACUGGGAGACAUCUGUAACACCAGCGAGUUCUACUUGUCCUACCAUCUCUACAUCGUUGCGUUUGCCGGCGCUGGAGCUACUGUCAUUGCUUUGAUCCACUACCUGAUGAUCCUGGGUGCGAACUGGGCCUACCUGAAGGGCGCCGUCACCACGCACGAGUACCAGGACAUCAAGACCAAGGACGACCAGGACCUGGAGGCCGAGGCGCGCUCCAAGGAGGGCCAGAACUCCUCCUCCUACUCAUAAGGACAGACCAACCCCCCCUUCAGCCUUUUGCCCGUCUUCUCUCCACACCUUAACCCCCCUCGCACCUGAGCCCCUCCGCCACCUGAACCCUCCCUCCGUUUAAAAACAAACCACCUCCGUCAUGUUUGAUCGCCCCCUCCGACUCCCGAUCCUCCAUCCUCUUCCCCCGUUCGAGGUUUAGCGGCCCGGCGUGUGAGAGUGGUGGGUGCCGAGCGCCGACGCCGGGGGAGAGAAUCGAGGAUCAGGACGCGAUGGCAGGCCCAAGCGGAGGCAGAUGCUUCAGAGUGGACGAGUUCCCCCGGUCGGUCGAGCUCGGGUACAUCAGUCCUGAAGCGUCUCCUCCCCAUGCUUUUGGGCGGCGGCUCGUGAACGUGGCCCGGCUGUGAUGGCCGCGCGCCCUGAGCCAGCACAGCUCCCACCACAGAUCCUAACAGCCUAAAAAAAAAAACCACUAGUCCACUGUCUGCUGUGACCCCCAGGGAAGCCAGGCAGCAACCAACUUCCUCCUGGUUUUUUUUUUUUUUUUGGUGUUUUAUAUGCAUAUAUAUAUGAAUAUGAAUAUAUUGUGCGAAUGUGUACGAAUGUUGUUGUUUUUUUUAAUACUCUCUCUCUCUCAAAAGUAUGCCAGGUACUCUUACAAUCUCUUCUUUUUUUUCCGCGCUCACGUUUUUUCUCCUUUACUUCCUUUUUCUUCUCCAUCUUCUGUUGACUGGUACUUUUUAUUGGUAAUGCUCGAUACGUUGUUGCACUAUUUAAGUAAAAAAAAAAAAAUUUUUAAAAAGAAAGAAAAAAAGGGGGAGACUGACACAAUCCCCUUCCAAGACAAAGCACCCCAGCUUGCUCCUCUCUCCCCACCUCCCCCCAUAGAAAUAGCUCUCUUUUUAAAACUCCAGUAGUGUAAUACCCGAAUAACUCAAGGAUUUCUUGUCCGUUCCAACGAUCAGAAUCGAUCCACCGCGAUGUUGCUUCGGAGGCCAGAGGUGUAGCCGACUUUUCCGAGAACCCGAGACCUCCGUGGUUUUGCUACACUCAUCACCAGCGGCGCGAAAACAGCAGCAGAGAUCAAGGAUAAAUUGGUCUGGUCUUUCUAUGUGAAUUCCAUAAUCACCUCAGGUAUCAAACCAAAUGAUUAUUCUGAUUUUUAGCCAGUUUCUGUUGCAAAGCCACACGUUAGCUCGAGGCUCACCGUGCAAGCCAACCCCCGACCGACCCCCCCCCCCCCCCUGCCGAAUUUGGAGUUUCGAAACACCCUUUUCUUUUGCGAAUGAAGUUCACUUGUAAAUAGAUGGAUCACCCUAAAAGAUCUCGAGUUACACCUCUCCCAAAACGAGGAGACCACGCUCAAUGUUUUUGCCAUGCUCUUCUCUUUUUUUUUUUUUUUUCCACGAAUAUGUAAAUGUACCCUUUGGGAUAUGUGUUUAGCAUUCAAAUACUAGUUCUGCAUUUGAUAUAAUAAUUGUAAUGUAACAUCUUAAAUGAUAUGUCGUGAGAGGGAUACAGUGCAGUCAUGAUAUGAUAUGAUAUGAUAUGAUAUGAUAUGAUAGAUUGAGGUGCUUGAUGUGACGUAUACAUUUGAAAAUGUGAAAAAGAAAAAAAAAUGGAAAUUGAUUUUUAACGUUUUAUCAGUUUUAGGCAGCUGAGUUCUUCUUGUGAUUCAGUACUAAUAAUUUUACGGAAAACUUGUUUGCGCUUAUUUUACGACGGCCAGCCAAAUGAGUGACUCGACGACGCCAAAAGUUGAGGAAGUCACUUUUUUUUUUUUUUUUUUUUUUACUUUUUUUGUUUUCUUUUCUUUUUUCAUGCCUGUCAUAUGAGCCACAGAGACUGUUUUUGGAUGUUUACACUAUAUGAAUAAAAACAAGUCAGGAAUUUUCAUACAUUAAUUUUAUAAUCAGAUAUUGUUUAAUAAUCAUGAACUAUAUUCUAUAUUGAUCAUCACUGGUUAGUUUAACCCUCGAAAAACACUGAAGAUGACAAUUUUGAAACUUUCAUGAGAUAAGCAUGUCAGUAUCGUCCAUGUGUGCAGCUGUCUAUUCUGUAUAAAAAAGGACUAUAUUGCCAUGUGUGUUAUGUUUGAUAUACGUGCUUUGCCGCCAGGUUGAUGUAGGCAAACUUCAAUUUCCUAUAAGACGAUGCGUGUCAGGGUGUUGUUGUUUCCUCGUUAUUUGCAUGAAGGAGACAUGACUGUGUCUUUACAGUUUUUCAGGUGAUGUGUAGUCAAUUGUACUGACAACUAUGGUAGGCGGUGUUUGCCCCACCCCCUCCUCUUCCUCUUCCUCCUCCUCCUCUUCCUCCCUCCACUCUCCCUGCCCCCCCUCCUUUCUCCCUUCUCUCCUCCUCCCUCUCCCCUCCCCUCUCCACCCACUUUUCUAAAGAAAACUCCAUUGUACUUUGAUGGCAUUGUAGUCCCUGUAGGUGUUUCAUUAUGGUUUUAUUUUUUAAGUUGGAAAUAGUUCUAUGACUCCUAUAUAGUGAUUUUUGUAACCUUCUCUAGUAAAACCGAUAUUUUUUAUUAUCGUGA